UUUAAUUUAUAAAAAAUAGUAAUUAGUUUAUUUUAAAUUGUACGAUUAUUCUAAAAUGAAAGUUAAAAACGAAGAUAUUGUAAUACCGGGUGACAUAAUAAAUGAAGAUUGUUUAAAAAUUGACAAAAAAAUGAAAAUAAUCAUCGGACCAGGUUUGAAGAAAGUUGGAAAUGAAAUAUUCAUAACAAAUUCUGGUAUACUUCGUAAAAAAAACCCAAAUACAUUUUGGGUAGAUUUCUAUCAAAGGCGUUAUGUUCCUGCCAAAGGUGAAUCCAUACUUGGAGUCGUUACAAAUAAAUCAUCAGAAGCAUUAAAAUUAGAUAUUGGUGCAAGUGAACAAGCAAGUUUAUCCUUUCUAGCAUUUGAAGGGGCUUCUAAAAAGUAUAAACCUGAAGUUGCUGUUGGUGAUGUAAUUUAUGGACGAUUAUUAGCCGCUGGUUCGGAUGUAGAACCAGAAUUAGUUUGUAUUGAUCAUAAUUUUAAAUCGGAUCGAUUUGGUGUGUUGAAAGAUGGAUUUAUAUUUAAUUGUAGUUUAAAUGUUGUGUAUAAGAUUUUAAAUUCAAGUUGUCCGUUGUUACAACUUUUGGGAAAGGAAAUUAAACAUGAAAUUGUAGUUGGAUUGAAUGGAAAAGUUUGGGUGAAAGCGAAUAAUUGUGAGGAUACGUUAGCAAUUGCUAACGCUGUACUUAAAUGUGAAUUUCUGAGUAAUUCUGAAAUUCGGACGAUGUGUAAUGAAGUAUUAAAUUGUUUAAAAGGAAUGUCAUAAGUAAAUUCUAUUUGCUUUGAAAUUUUAA